AUGGCGAGCGUUCAGCAAGACAAACCUGCAGUUGUUUGUGUAUUCUGCGGCUCAGUCUCCGGUAGCAACUCCAUUCACUUGGAAACAGCCCGAGCCCUUGCAUAUGAGUUUCACAAGAACAACAUCCAACUCGUCUAUGGCGGUGGCACGGCAGGCCUCAUGGGCGAAUUGGCCCGCACGCUUGUUUCUCUUUCCGGGCCCCAAGCAGUGCACGGGAUCAUCCCUCGAGCUCUGGUCAAAGUCGAGCCCGGUUAUGACAAUGCCGAAGAGGUGAGGAACCCUUCUGCGGUCGUAAGCGGGAAAGAAGCAGAGCGGGUCGUCAAGGAGCCCAUGGGUAAGAUCGGGACGCUUAAGGAAUCAGAGUACGGGUGUACCACCAUCGUUCCAGAUAUGCACACGCGCAAGCGCAUGAUGGCCGAGAAGGUCCGCGAGGGUGGUCCGGGGUCGGGCUUUGUGGCGCUCGCGGGCGGGUUCGGAACUAUCGAGGAGGUUAUGGAAAUGACUACCUGGAAUCAAUUGGGAAUCCAUAAGUUGGGCAUGGUGUUGCUCAAUGCCAAUGGGUAUUGGGAUGGUGUGUUAGCAUGGGUGAAGAACUCAGUCCAAGAAGGCUUUAUCAGUCGUGAGAACGGCGAGAUCUUGGUUGAAGCAAGGAUGUCAGUGAGGUUUGGCCCAAGCUGGUUGGUUACAAGAUUAGCAAUGGGAGGAUGCAGUUGA